AUGGACGCUGAUGCACAAUUUUUAAAUGAUUUUCAAGCAGCGACCAUACCAUUUGAACAAUGGACACAUGCAGCUCAUAUUCGUAUGGCUUACUUAGUUUGUCGUUCAUCGGAUACUUUCGAAGAAGCUUUAUUAAAAAUUCGGCAAGGGAUACAACAUUUCAAUGGAUUUCAUUUAGCAAAAGUUACUGUUGGUUUUCAUGAAACCAUGACUCAAUUGUGGACGACUAUUGUUUGGAAUGCAACAAAAAAAUGUGAUUCAUCUGUAUCGAAUUCCAAUGAUUUUCUCGAACAAAAUCGUUAUUUAUUGGAUUCAUCAUUAUGGAAACAAUACUAUUCGCCGGCACUUAUGUUUUCACCAGAUGCGAAACGUAGUUUUGUAUCUCCUGAUCUAAAAUCAAUACAUAUAUAG